AAAAACAACCUACUGAAGUAUCAAAAUGACAGAAGUUAAUGAAAUCGUCAUUGUUCUUAAAUGGAGUGGUAAGGAGUACCCCAUAUCCGAUCUGACCGACCAGGACACCGUUGAAAUGCUGCGCCACGAAAUCUUUCGGAAAACGCAGGUGCGCCCGGAACGCCAGAAGCUGUUGAAUCUGAAGCACAAAGGGAAGCCGGCUGCGGACAACAUUAAACUGUGUGCCUUAGAGCUUAAGCCGAAUUUCAAGCUGAUGAUGGUGGGGUCCACAGAGGCGGACAUUGAGGACGCCUGCAGCCUGCCCGAUGACAUCGGCGAGGUAGUUGACGACUUCGAUGAUGCCGAAGGGCGCGAUGAUUCCGUGGAGAACUCUGCAGUGUACCUGGCCAAAGUGCAGCGGCGCGUGCGGGACUAUAAAAUCACAGAGUUGUCGCCGCCACGCGAGGGCAAAAACUUGCUUGUCCUGGACAUAGACUACACACUGUUCGAUCAUCGAUCUCCAGCAGAGCAGGGCACGGAACUGAUGCGCCCGUAUUUGCACGAGUUUCUAGCCUCGGCAUAUGAGCACUACGAUAUAGUUAUUUGGUCUGCCACCAGCAUGCGCUGGAUUGAAGAGAAAAUGAAGCUGCUCGGCGUCACUAGCAAUGAGAGCUAUAAGAUAAUGUUUUACCUCGACUCGAAUGCCAUGAUCUCUGUGCAUGUGCCAGAACGCGGCGUAGUGGAUGUGAAGCCUUUGGGCGUCAUAUGGGGUCUGUACAAGCAGUAUAGCCCCAAGAACACAAUCAUGUUCGAUGAUAUACGCCGCAAUUUCAUGAUGAAUCCCAGGUCGGGACUCAAGAUACGUCCAUUUCGACAGGCUCACCUAAACCGCUCCAAGGACAAGGAGCUAUUGAAACUAUCCAAUUAUCUGCGCCAGAUUGCCUUGUACUGUAAAGAUUUCAACUCCCUCAAUCAUCGUAAGUGGGAGCACUACGAUCCGAAGAAAAAUUCUUAAUGCUUGUUUUUGGCGUAUUAGGUAUAAGUUUCGCUUAAUUUUACUCAAUUAAAGUAUUUUAAAUUGAAAAGAA